GGUUCGCUCCGAGGGGAGCUCCCGAAGCUCCCGACGAGGGAGACCGAGAGAGAGAGAGACAGAGAGAGGCAGAGAGAGGCAGAGGGAGAGAGAAGCAGAGACGGAGAGCGAGGGGCACAGAGAGGAAUCGAGAGAAGAGCGGGAGCGCAGUGACGGAGACAUGGGGACAGGGAUGGAGGACGUAGUAUAACGGUCCAGGGAGCCCUUCGGGACAGUGAGCAGCUGCCUGGCUGCACAACGGAGAAGCGCAGGGUCUAUUUCAGGGUGCCAAGGGCCCACCUACCCGCAGCGAGAGAGUCCGAGAGGGCGAGCACCCAGGAGAGGGUGGGGAAGGGAGGGAGUCCAAGGGACCCCCCCCCUCCCCGCGCAGCCCCCGUAAGGAAUAACACCCCCUAGUCAGCGCGCCCCCGGAGCUGCCGGCGGCGGCGGGGGGUCGGCGUCCGCCGCGAGAGGAGAAGGCGGAGCGGGCGAAGGAGCGCGCCGGACGCCGGACGCCGGACGCGUCUGCGAGCGGCCGCACGACGUGGAGUAGCCGGGCGGGUCGGCGCGCGCCGGCCGGGGUGUCGGCCACCGCGCGCAGCUCCGGGAGCAGCCCCGGAGCAGGACCGCCGCCGCCCGCGCAGGACCCGGCCGGGCGCCGAGCGCCGUGCGGAGCGCACCCGCCUGCCCGCGGCGCGCCGGGCUCGCCCCCAGCGCGCGCACACGCGCGCGCGCGCACACUCUCGCUCACACACUCACACACUCACACACGUGUGCGCUCUCCGCUCCGGAGCCGCGGCCGCUCCUGCUCUCAGCGCCGCAGUGGAAGGCAGGGCCCGACCGCUCCUUCUUUAAAUACCUAAAUCACCGCCCGGCCGGCCUCGGCGGCCCCCCGCACCGCGCUCCCGGCGCCCCUCCCGCCAGCGCGCCGGCUGCCAGCCCCGGGGCCUUUUCAUCUCUUCCCUUUUGGCCGCAGGAGCCGAGUUCAGAUCCGCCACUCCGCGCCCGAAACUGACACACUGAACUCCGUUGCCUCCUCUUAAAUUUAUUCCUGCCUAAUAGCCACUCGUCUUUUUUCCACCCCCCAUUUCGUCGCUCCAAGAAAACUUUUUCUUACUCCCCCAAGUUAGGGUUCUCCCUGCCCACCGUGUGUUAAUAUUUCCACUUUUGGAACGACCUGCAUUUUCUUUUUAAAGGAACUCAAGCAAGAUACCUUUUUCUAUUGGACGUUGACUCUCGAUUGUUUGCAAAAGUUUCGCAUUAAAAAAAAAAACAAAACUACCUGAUCUGUACUUGAGAGUUGUCGGUUUCUUUUUUUUUCCUCCCUUCGGUUUUUAUUUUUUUACUUUUUUUUUUUUUUUUUUUUUUUUACUUUUUCCACCUUUAAAAAAAUGCACUACUGUGUGCUGAGCGCUUUUCUGAUCCUGCAUCUGGUCACGGCCGCGCUCAGCCUGUCUACCUGCAGCACGCUCGACAUGGACCAGUUCAUGCGCAAGAGGAUCGAGGCGAUCCGCGGGCAGAUCCUCAGCAAGCUGAAGCUCACCAGCCCCCCGGAAGACUAUCCCGAGCCCGAGGAGGUCCCCCCGGAGGUGAUCUCCAUCUACAACAGCACCAGGGACUUGCUCCAGGAGAAGGCGAGCCGCAGGGCGGCCGCCUGCGAGCGCGAGCGGAGCGACGAGGAGUACUACGCCAAGGAGGUGUACAAAAUAGACAUGCCGCCCUUCUUCCCCUCGGAAACUGUCUGCCCAGUUGUUACAACACCUUCUGGCUCUGUGGGCAGCUUGUGUUCCAGACAUUCCCAGGUGCUCUGUGGGUACCUUGAUGCCAUCCCGCCCACUUUCUACAGACCUUACUUCAGAAUUGUCCGAUUUGACGUCUCAGCGAUGGAGAAGAACGCAUCCAAUUUGGUGAAAGCAGAGUUCAGGGUCUUUCGUUUACAGAACCCAAAGGCCAGAGUGCCCGAACAACGCAUUGAACUGUAUCAGAUUCUCAAAUCCAAAGAUUUAACAUCUCCAACCCAGCGCUACAUUGACAGCAAAGUCGUGAAGACAAGGGCAGAAGGCGAAUGGCUUUCCUUCGAUGUGACUGACGCCGUUCAAGAGUGGCUCCACCAUAAAGACAGAAACCUGGGAUUUAAAAUAAGUUUACACUGUCCCUGCUGCACCUUUGUACCAUCUAAUAAUUACAUCAUUCCAAAUAAAAGUGAAGAGCUAGAAGCAAGAUUUGCAGGUAUUGAUGGCACCUCCACAUAUACCAGUGGUGAUCAGAAAACAAUAAAGUCCACUAGGAAAAAAAACAGUGGCAAGACCCCACAUCUUCUGCUAAUGUUGUUACCCUCCUACAGACUUGAGUCACAACAGUCCAACCGGCGGAAGAAGCGUGCUUUGGAUGCAGCCUAUUGUUUUAGAAAUGUGCAGGAUAAUUGCUGCCUGCGUCCACUUUAUAUUGAUUUCAAGAGGGAUCUUGGGUGGAAAUGGAUUCACGAACCUAAAGGGUACAAUGCCAACUUCUGUGCGGGAGCAUGCCCGUAUUUGUGGAGUUCAGACACUCAGCACAGUAGGGUUCUGAGCUUAUAUAACACCAUAAAUCCAGAAGCAUCCGCAUCUCCUUGCUGUGUGUCCCAGGAUUUAGAACCCCUAACCAUUCUCUACUACAUCGGCAAAACACCCAAGAUCGAACAGCUUUCAAACAUGAUUGUAAAGUCUUGCAAAUGCAGCUAAGGUUCUUGGGAAUGUGGCAAGAUGCUACUCACAGGUGGAGAUGGUGCGGACGACGAGAACAAUGACUAUGUUUGUUAACGAGAAAACGUGAGAGAGCCUUGCUUCAACAGUGUUAAAAAAAAUUUUGAAAAAAGCGGUACUAGUUCAAACACUUUGAAAGUUUGUGUUCUGUUUGUUAAAACUGGCGUCUGAAACAAAACAAAACAAAAAAUUGAAGGCUUUAUUCUACAUUUCAUCUACUCUGUAAGUGAGAGAGACAAGAAGCAAAACCUUUUUUUUUUAAGAAAAAAAUAAACACUGGAAGAAUUUGUUAGUGUUCAUUAUGUGAAAGGAAAAAAAACAAACAAACAGGAAAAUCCCAUUAAGUGGAGUUGCUGUGCAUACCGUUCCUAUCCCAUGCCUCACUUGAUUUUCUGUAUUGCUAUGCAAUAGGGACCCUUCCCAUUCUUACCUUUAGAGUUAACAGUGAGUUAUUUAUUGUGUGUUACUAUAUAAUGAACAUUUCAUUGCCCUUGGAAAAUAAAACAGGUGUAUAAAGUGGAGACCAAAUACUUUGCCAGAAACUCAUGGAUGGCUUAAGAAACUUGAACUCAAAUGAGCCAGAAAAAAAAAGGGGUCAUAUUAACGGGAUGAAAACCCAAGCGAGAUAUUAUAUGACCAAGCAAGCCUGCAUUAAGAUAAAGACCCUGAAAACACGUGCUAUGUACCAACUGCUAAGGAAGCUUCUUGUAAGGUUCAAAACUGAAAAGCCUGUUAAUAAAGGAAACUUUCAGUCAGCAUAAGUCUGGAAGAUUUUUUUUCUUUUUAAUUGUAAAUGGUUCUUUGUCAGUUUAGUUAAACUAGCGAAAUGUUGAAAUGUUUUUGAUACAUACUGGUCAAACUUCAGACCUGAAAGUAUUGCCGUAUAGCUAUGCUGUUGGUUUUUCCUUCAUUUCAGAUAUAUGUAACCGUACCUAUAUUAUUAUAAUAGAUGGGUAUAGAAGCCAGUAUAAUUGGAAACACAUCUGCAGAUCUCUUUUUGCAAACUAUUAAAUCAAAACAUUAACUAUUUCACAUGCAAUGUGUAAAUUUUUACCAUAUUUUUAACGUUCUGUAAUAAUGUCAACUAUGAUUUAGAUUGGACUUAAAUUGGGGCUCUAUUUUUAAUGAUCGCUCAGAACUGUGUGUUUCCUUUAGCUGGCCAGUACUUUCGAGCAAAGCCCCUAUAGUUUGACUUGCACUACAAAUACGUGUUUGGUAGUGUUUCCUCCACUGUGCUUUGUGCAUUGUCCAUUAUUAUGACAUAAGCUACCUGAGUCCACCUGUCCUGUAGAUUUUCUUUUAUAAAAAGGACAGAUUCAAGUUCAGGAGUCUGCCUCCGUUUUCUAAGCAUCCUUACUAAUCAAUUCAGAUGUUAACAAUCUUCUAUUUUAGGAAAACUGGGGAAUAUUAUAGAUGUAUAGAUGAUUGAGCUGAAAUAUUUAGUUUUAGCACGGGCCUCAGGAUCUUACUGAAACUCAGAAUCUUUGUGGCUGAGUUAAGAAAGGCUUCUCCAACUUGGUUUAAUGGAUAUGCUCACAGAAUUCUAUUGUUAACAAGUAGAGAUCAGACAGUUCAUAGGAAACAUCUUUCCUUUAAUCAGGUUUCUGUGUUCAGGGGGGGAAAUGGAAAGAUUUACAUUUUCCUUGAUUUCUUUUUUAAGGGAGAAAAAACUGCCCUGGUCAGCCUAAGUCACUCAGUUUCUUUCACGGAAGAUAAGGUUUCCAUGUGUGUUCUUUGAAGGUUGUAAAGAGAUAAGUCAAAUCCUCCCAUGAUCAAAAAGUUCUUUUUUUCCUCUGAAUGAGAGUUCUCUAGAUCUGAGGCUAGAAUUUACCUUGCUUUAAUAAAUGAAUGAUUUGCCACAUCGUUGCAGGGAAGGGAUCCUUCCGCCAGGGUUUGUAGGAGAUGUCAUUUUGCCGAUUGUCCCUUAUUUAGCUGCAAGAUAAAAAUUAAUAGGUAAAACAAUGGAAUAUUUGCAGCGUCGCCUAAAGGGCAGGAUGGCGAGGUGCGAAUCCAAGUGGAGUUGUCUAAUAGCCUGUACUUCCAGAUGUUUGACAUUUCCUGGCCGUUAAUGAAAUGACAAAUUGGAUUCGCAAGUUUGAAAACUGGAAGAGCGAGGGGGGAGGGACGCCCUCCGAGUAAACGGGCCUGUGCCGGGUGUAACCCAAUCCCAGAAAUGAGUGCGUUUGAUUUUUUUUUU